UUGCCACACUGGCCUCUCCACGUUCUUUUCAAUGCCACUGCUCAAAUACAGCAUGUACUCAGCUCUUUCUUUCCUGUUUUUUUGUGUUCACACGGUAGUAAUCUUUGCCGCAAGUUCUGAUGAUCGUAUACAAAAAUCACAAGGACUGGUUAAACCAUGGUGGAGAUUUGUUUAACAGAAGAUACGCUUACAAAGAGCGUAUGAUCAGCCCCAAAACAGCACCGAACCUACGGUUGAAGUGGAAAUUCAAUGCAGGCAAAGACAUCAGUGCAACACCAGCAAUAUAUGGUGGUACUGUUUAUUUUCCAAGCUGGAAUGGUUACAUCUAUGCAGUUAAAGAAGCCGAUGGAUCUCUUGUUUGGAAGCAAAACUUGGAGAAUCUAACAGGACUAAGUGCAACGGGAUUUGUUAGAAAUGUAAAUUGGACAGUGUCAAGGUCAACUCCCACAGUGGCAGGAGAUGAUUCACUGCUAAUUGGAAUCUAUGGCCCUGCUGUUGUUAUUUGUGUCAACAGAACAACAGGUGAGCUUGUAUGGAAGACCACUUUGGAUCACCAUCCUGCAGCAGUCAUCACCAUGUCUGGAACAUACUACAAAGGAGAUUUCUAUGUCGGAAUAUCUUCACUGGAAAUAGCUGUACCGACUGUUGAGGAAUGCUGCACAUUUCGUGGAAGUUUCACAAAACUUAAUGCUCGAACUGGCCGCAUGCGUUGGAAGACCUAUAUGCUACCAGAUAACAAUAACAGAACAGGAGAAUAUGCAGGUGCUUCCAUUUGGGGAAGCAGCCCUUCCAUUGAUGUUGAAAGAAACCAUGUCUAUACUGCAACUGGGAACCUCUAUUCUGCCCCAUUACGCAUACGACAGUGUCGAGAGAGACAAAUUAAUCGAACUCAGCCUACCCAACCUGGAGACGAGUGUGUUGAGCCUGACAAUCACUCCGAUUCAAUGUUAGCCCUUGAUUUGGAUUCUGGGAAAAUGAAAUGGUACCGCCAGUUAGGAGGCCUUGAUAUAUGGACCAUUGCAUGUAUCAAUCCUUCAACUCCUAAUUGUCCUCCUCAAGCUGAGCGUCCAGAUGUUGAUUUUGGGCAGUCACCAAUGAUGUUGACAACAUAUAUAAAUCGAACCAAGCAAGAUAUUGUUGUUGCGGUUCAGAAAAGUGGCAUAGCAUGGGCUUUAUAUCGCAAUAAUGGCAACAUCCUUUGGAGCACGAAUGCUGGUCCGUACGGGCUAUCUGGAGGCGGAAUAUGGGGUGCAGCAACUGAUGUAAAGAGAGUUUACACGAAUAUUGCCAAUACUGGGGCAAGAAAUUUCACUCUUGCACCAUCAAACGUAACUACGACCGCCGGUGGGUGGGUAGCAAUGGAUGCCAGCAAUGGCAGAAUUCUAUGGUCCACAGCUAACCCUAGUAACAGAACUGCUAAUGGCCCUGUUAGUGUUGCAAAUGGCGUUGUCUUUGCUGGAUCCGCAGACAGAAUGGGAUCUGUAUAUGCAAUUGAUGCCAUGAAUGGGAAAAUUUUAUGGUCCUAUCAAACUGGAGCCAGUGUCUAUGGAGGCAUGUCAAUUAGCAAAGGUUGCAUAUUUGUUGGCCAUGGAUAUGGUGUUGCUCUGGGGCCUGCUUUCGGCUUAAUUGGUGGAACUUCACUCUUUGCCUUUUGUGUACGUGGUUAAUGUGCUUGUUUGUAUUAGUUGUAUUUUAAAAAACAAUUAUUUUUCAUUCGCUUUUUACAAAAUUAAAGCUGUUGACAACUAUCUGUGUUCAAAAUUAAGUGAUUGUCAAACACGUAAAAUAAUAUAAAUGGAUCAAUAAAACAGGAACUAUUGUUCUGGUUAUAUA